AGUCGGAAGUACAGCGGACGUCCACCGGCUGUGGGCUCCGGCACAUAUGGACCGGCGCGUGUGAUACCAUGGAGACCAGCAAUAAUGCCACAGCUCAGAGUGAUGCUGGUGGUCACAGGAGAUGAUUUCGGCUACUGUCCCAGGAGAAACCAGGGGAUUGUGGAUUGCUUCCAGGCUGGAGGCAUUUCCAAUGUGUCACUGCUGGUUAAUGCCUUUGCUGCCAAAGAGGCAGCAGAUCUUGCUAAAAGACACAGCAUCCCCAUUGGCCUCCAUGCCAACCUGUCGGAGGGCAUUCCAGUGUGUCAGAGCCUCCAGCAGGCCUCCACGCUCAUAAACCAGCAUGGCUUCUUUCUGGGGAAGAUAGGCUUUCGGCAGGCCUUGGAAAGAGGCCAGCUCAGCAUGGAACAGGUGGAACUGGAGUUGAGGGCUCAGGUCAGGCUGUUCAUGGAACUGACAGGUCACCUGCCCCACCACAUGGAUGGGCACCAACACGUUCAUGUGCUCCCAGAGGUGCGUGAGGUGUUUGCACAGGUCCUGUCAGAUUUCAGGAUUCCAUACACUCGUGUCCCGGUGGAGCCAGGAUUACACAGCUGCCCGUGGCUGCCAGCACACCUCAAAAGAUUUUACAUGCAGGUGGAGAAGGACGCUCUGGAUUCCAUUCCUGUCUUCAAACGUUAUGGAAUCAGGUGGCCAGACAUGUACCUGGGACUGACCACCAUGGGCCAGAACAUGUCCAUCCCCAGCCUGCAGAGGGCCCUCAGCCACGCCUCGGCUGCAGGGCCUUCGGGCACUACCUCCAGCAGUGCAUCAGGUUCUAAUCAGCCCGUGGUCACAGCAGAGCUUAUGGUUCACCCAGGUUACCCAAGUCACCCCCAUGAAGGAGGCUGUGGAGAGGGCCCUGAUGACUUCUCCCAGUCAGCAGACAGACAACAUGAGCUGAGCGUGCUCAGAGACCCGUCUUUGCUGGCCCUCUACAGCCAAGAGAGAGUGCAACUAUGUGCCUUCAAAGACCUCUGACUACUGUAGUCUCAAAAUAACAAACAUGUAUGUGUAAGAUGGAUCCAAUGUGAAACAAUGUUAAGCGUAUUGGAUGUAGACUGCUCCAUAUGUCUAGAAAGGAAUAAUGAUUUUAAACAGUUCAAGAUUGUUGUUUAUUUAAUGUUUAAGUCCUGUCUGUCUUUAAUGAGCACUCUUUCCAUCAACCUGAGGCACUCACAUGUUAAGUGUCAGCACCUUAACAGACAGAAGUCCAUCAAAUAUGAGCUUUGAGAGUGGAGUCCUAUAACACUAGCACUUUUUUAAAGAAAACUGAAAAAAAAUACUAGAAUAAUGGUCACUGCUACAGUGGUAAAACUCUAUGAAGCAGUAGUUUUUAAAUGGUAACAAAUACAGGAUUAAUGCUAAAAUUGUGAAGGAUUUUUUUACCGGAAACAUGUUUUAGUUUUUCAAAAUGAACAAUGAAGGAACCAUCAAAGAUCUACUAAGAUACAGAGGCUGGGCAUGAAGAGGCGUCAGGAUUUCAAUUUUCUGGAAAUUCUUGCAGUUGAGCAUUAAAUGCGCCGACAGCUCCUUCACUUUCCCAAGUGCAUGACUGCUAAGCACCGAAACACUCUAAAACCACUGUAACUUAUGAACUGGAAUACUAGAGACCACAUUAACGUGACAACACACUGCAGAGAUCUUGGACCUCAGCCAUCUUGGAACUAGGCUUUUCAUUUUUGUCUCAGCAACACCCUUAAAGUUUUGUAACUCUUGUACAGUUGGAGUUCACAGACAGACCGGAAAAGAAACACAAGGUGAAAACAAUACAGCUACACUAUCACAGCUGGAAAAUAUUUUCUGUUUAUACACCAGAAAAGGAUACUUAAUACGAGGGUUACAAAUACAUGAAGGUGGAAAAAAUGGGCUAUCUUACUUCCAGCACCCGUUCCUCCUAAUAAGGGGUUUGACAUCGCCACCCUUCAAAUUUGACUUUCAGCUAUAAACCUUUAAAGUCCGUGACUGCACGUUACGUAGUUGGAAAUGCUAUAUAAAUACCUGUCAAAGCUAUAAAAGGUCAGAUCUUGGGUUUAACUUUGGUGAGUAAAUUUAAAUAGAAUUUUUUCCAUUUAGUGAGCAGGUGAGUUAUUAUCUGAGCUUCAUGUCUUGUCUUAAAGUCAGAAUCUAGUACUGUCUGGACUGUCAAUAUUUUUAUCUGUACAUGUCACAGAUUACCUAUCUGAUACAGGGUUUUUUGUGGGGGGUUUUUUUUUUUUUUAGAAAUCUGGGGAAACAUAAGUCCAUUGGUGAAGAAAAAAAACAAAAAACUUUUCAUUGAAAAAUCCUGGAGGGAUGGGUUAAUAGGGGCCAAGCUGUGUUUCUGUCUCUGGUUUUGACCUAGGAUGCAGCAAUGAUUUCCAAUAAUCUCAGGUUUUUGUGUGUGAUCUGUGACAUUACACUAUAUUUGUAAUAUUUAGAGUUGUCUGGAUUUUUGAAUGCUUAUAUUUUGAGUUUCUGUUUAAGGUUUUUUUAAGCAUUGCUCAGUUUGAAUUCAAAGAUUAUAUUUGAAUUGCUUCAAAUCCAACAAUGAGCUAAUAAACCAUGUCACACUUUU